GCUUUCGGACGGUCAACACGUGGGGAGGAGAGACAAGAGACACACACACAAACACUCACGAAGCGGGGGGACACGUUGGGAUUGUGCUGGGCCUUGACCACGUAACAUUUAAUAUUAUACGGUGGCGGUGCGAAGGACGCAUAAACACAGUGUAGCUGCUAGGGUCCAGAGGAGAUGCCACUGAGGUUCCGGUCCUUUGUUCCGUAUACGCUUCCCGGAGUGCUGGCACUCAUAGGCUGGUGGUGGUACAUCUCCCGCAAGAAAGAGCGAAUCACCAGCCACGACAGUGAGGAGGACUCACUCAUGGGAUUGCGGACCUCCUCUGGCGAGGGCAGCAAUGGAAUGGUUGACAAAAGCUGCCCUGCAGCCAGCAGCACACACCGUAGAACCAGCCGAGACAGAGUCAAGGCCAAAGAGCACAGGCUUGUUGAGCAGGAAGUGGUAGCGGAGAUUCAUACACCGGUGUUAAAAGCCACUGCGGGAGAGGCUGUUGGCACCCCUCCAGUUGUCUUAGCGAGUGGACAACUAAGCACUCCUCACAGCGGUACAAAAUCAGUCCCCCCCAAAAUCCACCCAGAGACCACUAGCCAGACAACUCCUGUGUCAUCUUCAACCCCCACAAAAACAGUUGAGGAAACCCCUCAUCACAAAGGACCAGAUGUCGCAACUGAUGCCAGACCAUCAAGCCAGUUACCGCCAGCAAGCACUGAUUUAAUCAAGAAGCAGGUAGAAAACCAAACACUAACUAACCAGCGUUCUGUAGAGCUAGCCAAAGCAGAGCGACCGGAACCUGAGGGAGAGGUGGCCACUGAAAGCUUAGCACCAACUUGUGCUCAAAAUCUGCAGGCUGACAUUUCUAAAGAUGAGCUGGCCUCCACUGUAUCUUUAACAGAGAGUGAAGCUGUCCUGCUGGAGACCUGCAGCCCCAAAACACCUCUGAAUUUGACCUCAUUUCCCAACUCCACCAGCACACCCCUCUCAGAAAUCUCCACUGGGGCUCAGCAUCAUGAGAACGGAGACCUGGGCCUGCCAGCUGAGACCGGUCCAGACUUGCAGGAGCUUCAACGUCUUGCGGCGGGGCUGAUCACUGAGGUCAUCUCGGCAGCCACCCAGGAGGUCAUGGCAGUCAGCAGCUGUGAGUCCCGGUACAGCAAAGGUUCGGAAGCAGCCGACAACAGCACACUGGCUCUAAAUGGUAAAGAAGAGGAAUCUAGUCGACUUCCAGAAAGUGCAGAGUCCCGGGCGGCGCAGAUAGCAGAAGAGAUUGUCAAUAGUUGUCUAGCACCUUCGCUCUGGAAGAUGCCGGAGAAUGAAAAAGAAAGAGGCUUGUUGUCUGUGCCGUCUGGAGAACAGUUGGAGUCCACGCCAACGCUGGCCAAGUUGCAGGCGGAGGAAGCUCUAGUGGAAGACUCUGGAUGUAGCACGUGCCAGUCCGAGGAUGGCAUCAGCAGCGAGGACCUUCAUAGCACAGGGUUGUCUUCGACAGUAUCUGAGAGCAAAGAGGACCUCAUUCAAAUUUCAGGGAUUUGUAAGGCUACAGAGGGUCAAGAAGAUGGAUUGCACGAGAGUCUUGCUCUGAUUGCCCCUCAGGAGUCCCCCCUUACUGCAGAAAACGUGGCUACGGUUUGUGAGGCAGCACGGUUAAAUGGAACAGGCCUUAGGAAUGGUGCCGCCAGCGAGGUAGACGCUGACCAAUCUGGAGGUUCAGAUGUGAACAGCAUGGAUUCAGUGGACAGCUGUUCUACCUUGGGGGCGGGAGAUGGUCAGCUGAGUGCCAGCCAGACCUGUCAAUCACAGAGCUCAGAGCUUAUUGUAUGGGAGAUUGAGGUGCCAAAGCAUCUAGUUGGACGGUUAAUAGGCAAACAAGGGAGAUACGUGAGCUUCUUGAAGCAGAGCUCUGGUGCUAAGAUCUACAUUUCAACCCUGCCUUACACUCAAGAGUUUCAGAUCUGCCAUAUAGAGGGAACCCAGCAGCAGGUAGACAAGGCACUGGCUUUGAUUGGGAAAAAGUUCAAAGACUUAGACCUGACCAACUUGUACGCCCCACCUCCUCUGCCGCUAACGCUGCCCUCUUUGCCCAUGACGUCUUGGCUUCUGUUGCCCAGUGGUGUGACGGUGGAAGUGAUUGUGGUAAACAUAGUUUCUGCUGGUCACGUUUUUGUCCAGCAACACACUCACCCUACGUAUCAUGCCCUGCGCAGUCUAGACCAGCAGAUGUUCCUGUGCUAUUCACAACCCGGCACACCUCCCUUACCAUCGCCUGUUGAAGUUGGAGUGAUAUGCGCGGCCCCAGCUGUUGAUGGAGCCUGGUGGCGAGCGCAGGUCAUCUCCUUCUACAAAGAUUCAACCGAAGUGGAAAUCCGAUAUGUUGAUUAUGGAGGCUACGACAGAGUCAAGAUUGACACCCUUCGACAGAUCAGAUCGGACUUUGUGACAUUACCCUUCCAAGGAACAGAAGUGCUAUUGGACAACAUUGCCCCACUACCAGGAGAGGAUCGGUUCUCAGCGGAGGCCAAUUCUGCACUGGAAGAGAUGACGAGAGGGGUUCCAUUGCUGGCACAAGUCACCAACUAUGACAAUAAUACAGGACUUCCUUUAGUACACAUGUGGAACAUGGUGGGAGAGGAGCUGGUCCUGCUCAAUCGCACUUUGGCGGAGCGAGGUUUCGGCACCUGGGUGGACAGUUUCUGAUCCUCCAGAGCUCCUCGCCCUGCUCUCCUCACUCACCUCAUGGCCCACCUGCCCCUUAAUAAUCACCACUCAUGGAUAUCUGCAGGUUCAGUCCUCCUCUCCCACCGUGUCCUCCACCACCACCUCCUAAAGUGCGCAUCACUGGCUCCUGGAAUAGAUUUUUUUUUUUCUUCUUUCCUUUUUGAUUUGCUGUCCCCUGCAUACAGCAUUUUUCUGUUUCCUUUUUUCUUUUCUAUCCCCCUUGCAUAAGAAAUUUACUGUACGAAAAAAGAGAGAAAGAGCCAAUCGUCAAUUUACCGAACAACCAAUAAGGACUCAAGUGUUAUUGACUCUGUGCUCUUGUAAAUUUAAAAUAUUGUAACUAAAUAAAGGUUAAUCAUGUU